AUGUAUUACACUUUACAAGUGCUCACGGUUGGUUUAUCAUUUGUCGACGUUAUAAUUAUCAGUUUUGAUCGCCACUAUGCCCUGGACAGACCUCUGGUGUAUAUAACUCGCGCCACUAAAAAAGGUGGGUCUUUUACUUGAGCAUUUGUAUGUGUAAUCAAAUGGUGACGAAACGCAAGUGAAAUUAUUCCCUAAUUUCACAAGUAUACCAUGUGAUUACCUAUAAAUAUCAUGGGUGACGAAUUACCUUAGCAAUCGAGGAUUUUUGACUGGUUUAUCCUGGAUCGUAUCGAUCGAUCGUGAACUCCACUCUCUCAAACGUUUGGAGCUGAAAUUUGGCUUAAGUUUUCAGAAUUUUUCGACAACAUACCUCUAAGAAUCCUUCUUGAUGUUCUCUUUCGUGUGUUCAGGUUUUCUAAAGCGUCUUUUUAUACCCUGACAUCUUCAUUCAUGACAUUUUAAAACUUCGUCGCCAUCUUGAAACGGAGACGUACGGCAGGUUGCCGGGACAAUUUAGUAAUUUCACAUGUAAAAUUACAAAUUAACGCUGAAAUUUCGCGCCAAAAUUAAGGAGUAAUUCGUCACCUAUGAUAUUAGAUAAAUAAAGUCACUUAGAAGAAAAGAUAUAUGGACAAUUUCACUGUAAGGAACUAUAGUUACCGAGGGUAUUAGAGAGUUCUACCUGGUCCAGGAUUAAGGCAUUUAAUCAAAGAGCUGGAAUGUUCUGCCCAAGAUCGCGCGCUCUCAUUGGUUACUUGGUUGUAGACUGUUUCCCGCCAAUAGUGUCUGAGUGGGUACCAUUGCAAAAUGUAUGAAAUCAGUGACCGCUUGCUGAUGUUUGCUUUCAAACAUUUGUUCACGUAGGUUUUUCUUUGUGUGCUAUAUUUCACCCAGGGAAACAAGUCAAUAAUGUUUCUCUUAAAUCUCAAUGUUUACCUCGGCUCAUCCGUGUAAGUCAAAACAAUAGAUAUUUUUUUCAUUUUAUAAAGUCUGUGAAGGGUUUCAUAUACGAUUCAAGAGACAAUUUAUUGCCUUAAAGGGACUGGUUCACGAUAAUGCGCAUGUGUGAGUUCUGACAGUAGCUGAUUGUUUUUCAACCAAUUGGAAGCGAGUUAGAUGCACGCAAGUAAAUUUACAAAAUUCAAAUUAAUUGUUCGCGACGCGAGAGUAUUUCCGGGCAUUUGGUUUGAUUUUAUUUAUCCCCAUAAUUCAGUUUUUAUUCUUUGCUACUCCUCAGAUAUAUGCUGCAGCCGGUAAGAAUAAGAUUUACAGCCCUGUCCUGCUUUGAAACAAACAUUUACCAACGUGUAUUUUUACGAGGUUGUACCCACGCUAACAAAACAGUCACCGAUCAGCAAACAAAAUUUGUAAACAAACAUCUUAUUACUGUUCUCUCAGUUCGCCUUAUAUAAACCCAGAAAUACCUACAAAUAGCGCCGGACCGGUGACAAAAACACACAACGUAUGAGUAUAAAGAUUAUCCUUAACUGAGCAUAAAUUUCAAUUGCUUAUCAGCAAAUGAACAAAUUCAUUCGCGUUGCAUCGGGUCAGUGUUCCGCAAAACAAAUGUUAUCGAGUAGCACACAUAAAGAAACUAGAUUAUGAACAGAAUAUUCAGGCAAUAAUUUAUUUUAAAAACAUCAAUUCUUAAACAUAUACGAUCGUAAAGCAAAGAUACAAGGAACAUUUCAAGUGUACCAGAUCGGUGAAGAUCGCGCGGCCUGUUGCGGUAUAACUACAGGUCGGAGUCAAAAAUCAAAGCAAAGUUGAACGAACUCAUGCCUUUAACCACUUUCCAAGUGUCGUGUAUUCUUUUCGUAUGCCACACACUACUCCUAGAAGCAUACCAGAUCGAUAGGCUAAGCUUCUCUAUCUCCAGAGACUCUUGAGAACGUCCUGUUGCCGGACGGCCACGAUGCUCUUCUCAACCUCCAUGAUCAAAACAUUAUUUUUUGCGUCUUCUUAAAACGUAACCAGUCAAACGACACAACCACACGUUAAUCACCACUACCGAAGUAUAACUAGACCAGCCAAAGCGACGGAUGUUCGAAUAAAACGAAGGAUUUUCAAUGAUUGUACCGGUAAUGGCGAUUUCGAAUUUAGUGUUGACCCAACAAAUUUAUUCUGAAGAGACAAACGGCGCGCAUGCGCAUUAUCGUGAACCAGUCCCUUUAAAAGCACUUCUUGCAGUACCGGUGUUAAGUUUAGGAAAAGUUCGUCUCCGGGACAAACGUGGAUCUUCAAAUGCAAUGAACUAAACUAAUAAAUCAAAACUUUGUACAAAUGAAUGAUAAAUAUUUAGCCUCGUUCGGGUGAAAGUUCGACGUCCAAUAGAAGAUCUUAGCUUAAUUUUGUUCGACCCAGAUCUGAAUUUCGUUCAUCUUAUGAAAAGUUCGACCUUUGGCCUCAAGGCCUUGGAUACCUUUACUCAGGUAUAUUAAGGCCUGGGUCUGCCACUUUUUUGCGGGUAGAAGGGGGUAUUCUAUCUUUGAAAGAAAAGGUAUUGUAGAUUUGCAGACUUAUUCAUUCCAUUAUCUUUGUUAACAUAGUAUAAUUGAGAUUGACAUCACCAUGGUACCGUGUUGCGUGGCCAAGUAACGCUUCACUUCCGUAUUUUUUCUUUGAGGAUUCUGUAGGCAGGGUAAAAAUACUAUUAUUGAGAAUUUUUUGUGGUGUUGUUUUUACCUAUCUGAAGUACUUUCCAAAUUUAACUGGAAUGGUGGUAUGCCUACCCUUGAUGAAUGUUUUUCGGUUGUCACUUAACAGAAAAAAUCGUUGAGAUUUUACUGACCACGUGACCUGGACACGCCUUUCAGUUAGUUUCGUGUACAUCCAGUAAUAUGUAUAACACUUUCCACGCAUUAUUUUUUUAACAUAAGUGUGAAUACGUUCUCCUGCAGCUGGCCUGAAGAUAAAUAUGGUAAUUGAUUAUCUAAAUGAGUCACAUGACCCCUAUUGUGACAACUUUCGAUCAGACUUAACCUUUACAACAUGCUUAAGCUUCCUAUCAAUAUGUUGCAUAUUUACAGAGAUAGACCACCCCCUUCAUUUUUUUCAUGUAAUUUACGUGCCUUAAUUGACCCAGUCCUUAAUAUACCCUUUCCAUAUUAGGUCUGUAAGCACCGCAAGGACGGCAUCGAGAUCGUCACAAAACAGUUGGUUUACGAGCAAAAGAACGGCUCGGCAAGCGCAUGCUGGUACAUUUCUUGAACGUUGAUUGGCCGACUACGACGUGAACCUUCCUAAUGCGAAGUAAGAUCGAGAACGUGAAAGAAAAAUUCCCUUUUAGUAAAAUCACUUGUGUAUUGUCAUCAGUCUACAUGCGGCUGCCUUUAAACUGACCUUAUUUUAUUCGAUCCUGUUUUGCAGGAGCAUUUAAAGUUGCCAUCUUCACAAACAUUAUCCGGCUGCUGUUAACAAUCCUACUUCUAUUUGCUUUGCCUCCCGUAAAAGGCUUCAUGUUGGUGACUACUUUUGGCGUGCUGUUUCUCGUUGUUCCGCCUGUUAAUUACAUUCGAGCACUGCUCGCUAUUCGUCGUCAUAACGCUCAAUUGGGUGAUGCAGUUACGCUCCAGAUGUCAGUAGUAUUGCAGCGCGAGAAAAGAGUUGCACUCGAUACGUGCAUUGUUGCCGGCUUGCUGUUCGCCUCUCUGCCACCAGCUUUUGGCAUGUCGAUUGUUCAAAAGAGAUAUCCUCGGCUACACUCCGUUUUGCUUCCAUGGAGUUUGACAAUGACGUUUAUACCGUCCUGUGCGAAUUUAGUUUUUUACUUUGUACGUUUUAAGAACAUGAGAAAUGCCUUUAAAUCUAUUAUCAACAUAUAA